AUGUACUCUUCGAUAAUACUCGCAACGGCGUUCAUCGCCUCCACCUUUGCGGCCCCAGCCAACCCCAACCUCAACCUCGCAUCAGCACAACCGGGAUCGCACUCAGCCGUAUCUGACUACUUCAACAUGCUGGCAAAGAAGGUUCAGGAGGCUAAGCAGCUGCCGCAAGGUGGACCAGCAUGCGAUCUUUCAUCGGUGCAACUGCCUAGGGUUCCUGGUUCAAAAGAUCCAAUGCCGCUUCCCGGUGCUGGCUACAAGCUCAAGCACGUUGCCCUCGGACGUGGUACGCAGAACUACACCUGCUCGCCCAACAAUGCCACUGCCGUCCCCGCUGCGGCCGGUGCCGUGGCCACCCUGUUUGACGCUUCUUGUAUCGCCUCGGCCUACCCGGCCCUCCUGACGGAGCUGUCGCGCGUGACUGUCAACUUCAACCUGACUGAUCUCAACACGCUCGCGCCCUCGAACCUGCUCAUGUCUGGCCACCACUACUUUGCGCCCAACAUUACUGUGCCCUACUUCGAUCUCGGUGCCCUGGGCAGCUGCAUGGCGGCCAAGAACGCAACCGAGCCGGCUCCUGCCGACGCCGGAAAGGGUCAGGGCGGCGAGCCUGCCGUGCCAUGGCUCAAGCUCACCGCGAGGGAGGGUGCCACGGGCGAUUUGCAAGAGGUCUACAGGGUCGGCACCGCUGGUGGCAGUGCACCGGCGACGUGCAAGGACAUGCCUGCCACUUUUGAGGUUCAAUACACCGCGCAAUACUGGUUUUACGCCGGCAAGAAGCCGACACAAGAAUGA